AUGGAAAACAAAACUUUGACUUCAGAUAUCAUCUUCAUCGAGGGGUUAAAGGUCAGCCCACAGUCCACUGUUCCUGCCUUCAUCCUCCUCCUCCUCAUCUACGUCUUCAUCAUGGUGUCCAACGUUGGCCUGGUGGUGCUGAUCUCCAUGGAGAGGAACCUCCAUGAGCCCAUGUACCUGCUCUUCUGUAACAUGAGUGUUAACGACGUGUUCGGGGCGACGACCAUCAUCCCUCGCCUGCUCAGUGACGCCUUCACUCCGAUCACCGAGCGCUACAUCUACUACAUCGACUGUGUGGUUCAGGCCUUCUCCGCUCACUUUCAUGCCGGCACUUCUCACGCCGUGCUCAUGGUCAUGGCGUUCGAUCGCUAUGUGGCCAUCUGCAACCCCCUCCGAUACGCCACCAUAAUGACCAAUAGGAUGGUGGUGAAGCUGUCGGCGGGGGCAUGGGUAGCCGCCUUCAUCGCUGUUGCAAUUCUCCUUGGUCUGACAAUCCGUCUGAGUCGCUGCAGGAAGAUUAUACUCAACCCGUUCUGUGAUAAUGCCUCUUUGUUCAAGCUCUCCUGUGACAACCUCCUCUUCAACCACAUCUACGGCCUGGGCAGCGCCGUGGUCAUCCUGGGCUCCUCCCUGGGCAGCAUCACGCUCACCUACCUGAGGAUUGCCAUGGUGUGUUUGAGCAAUAAGAAUAAGGUGCUGAACAGCAGAGCGCUGCAGACCUGUGCCACACACCUGGCUGUGUACAUCAUCAUGCUGGUGGCGUCUUUCACCCCCAUGAUCAUCCACCGUAACCCUCAGUGGGCCGACAGCGGGAAGGUGUCAUCCGUCCUGUUCCACGUGGUUCCCCCAGUCCUGAACCCCCUCAUUUAUGGACUGCAGUGCAAAGAACUCAGACACAAGAUCUUUGGUGUGUUCUAUAAGAACAAAGUCAUGGACGCUAAAGGUGCCAUGCGGGUCCAAAGUCUUCAUAAAUAA